AGGAGGAAGAGGAGGAGGAGGAGGAGGAGGAGACGGUGCCGGGCCUGGCCUGGCCGUGAGCUGCGCCGCGAUGGACAGCACGGGCAAGGAGCGAGAGGCCGUGCAGCUGAUGGCCGAGGCCGAGAAGCGGGUGAAGGGCUCGCACUCCUUCCUGCGGGGGCUCUUCGGGGGCAACACCCGUGUGGAGGAAGCCUGCGAGAUGUACACCAGGGCUGCGAACAUGUUCAAGAUAGCCAAAAACUGGAGCGCUGCAGGAAAUGCCUUCUGCCAGGCGGCCAAACUGCACAUGCAGCUGCAGAGCAAGCACGAUUCGGCCACCAGUUUUGUGGACGCUGGGAACGCCUACAAAAAAGCAGACCCACAAGAGGCCAUCAACUGCUUAAAUGCAGCUAUUGAUAUCUACACCGACAUGGGGCGGUUCACCAUCGCUGCCAAGCAUCACAUCACCAUCGCGGAGAUCUACGAGGCCGAGCUGGUAGACAUUGAGAAGGCGAUUGCACACUACGAGCAGGCUGCGGACUAUUACAAAGGAGAGGAGUCCAACAGUUCUGCCAACAAGUGUCUGCUGAAGGUCGCCGCCUACGCCGCGCAGCUGGAGCAGUACCAGAAGGCGAUAGAAAUCUACGAGCAGGUCGGAACAAACACGAUGGAUAACCCUUUGCUCAAGUACAGCGCGAAGGAAUAUUUCUUCAAGGCCGCUCUGUGCCACUUCAUUGUGGACGAGCUGAACGCCAAGCUUGCUCUUGAGAAAUAUGAAGAAAUGUUCCCAGCGUUCACAGAUUCACGGGAAUGCAAGCUAUUGAAAAAACUGCUGGAAGCCCACGAGGAGCAGAACUGCGAGGCAUACACCGAGGCUGUGAAAGAAUUCGAUUCAAUAUCGCGGUUGGAUCAGUGGCUUACAACCAUGUUGCUUCGCAUCAAAAAGUCAAUUCAAGGAGAAGGGGAUGGGGACCUGAAGUGAAUUGUUCGUGGUAUUUGUGGCAUGCAGCCUAAGUAAUCUGUUCUUGUGUUACAGCCAAGGACCACUAUGGGAUACGUGAUAAAACUAUCUAGCUUAAUUUUGUUGCUUAUAUGACAAAUGAGUUAUAUGUUUCUUUAGUAUCCUGCUCUUUGUUGUGAUAACAUGGGUAGAUGAGAGAGGUUGCUCUGGGUAUCGCUGGCAGAUCUUUCUAGGGUGAAAGAAACACUGCUGGCAGAAAUCUUUGUUUUUGGUUAGCUGAUGAGCCCAAAGUUUGCACUUGAACUACUUUUUCCCCCUGCUGUUCUGUCUUAAGGUUCAGUACCACUGAGUUGAGCAUGUAAAUAUUUCGUCCAUGCCCGUACAGUACAAAUAAUAGCUUCAGUUCUGUUGCUGUGUUGUUACUGUUUCCUAUUUUUAAAUGGACCUCUGCCAGAUACCUUUUGGAUCUUGUUUUUUUUAAUGAUUGAGCUUUUUUAAUGGUGCUAGUGAAAGGCUUUGUGACUCUUAGGUACGAUAUGCAUGUGUGUGUAUCCAUCCUAUACAGAUACAUGUGUGCAUGUAUAAAUACAGCAUACGUAACAACCUAGUGCUAAAUGCAUUACACGUCGAGGACAGGACUGCUUAGAUUGGUGUCAGCCCUCCGAAGAGUUGUCAGGAGUAGAGCUAGUUAAUUGUGUAUUUUGUAUCUAAGAUCUAAAUAUGAAAUGUAAGGCUCUUCUAUAUUUUCUUGGAUCUAUUUUUCCACUUAUUUAUUUUGUGGUGCACCCCAUCCCUCCUACCCCAAGAUGACUAGACCCAAGUAAUAAUAUAUUUUUCUAAUUUCUCAUCUACAUGAACUCCUCCUGCUGUCGCUACUACCAGUCUUCUGUGUGUGCCAGGCAGUACCCCUUAGUUUCUGACCCUUUUGCUGUUGGCUGUGCUGCAUUGUUGCUGUGACGUGCAAAGGUGUUGAAGGAGACUUGGUAUUAAACAGGAAUCUUGUCUUCGUUGUGUGGGUGACCAAGGAAUUGAGUGUGCUUUGCAAAGAUGGAGACACUAAAAAUUCUUGUAGUAAUUUUAGAAACACGUUUUAAAAUGUCUGCAACCAAGGCUCUUGUGUGCAAUGCUUUGUUUAACUAGUGGUGGUGAAGCUACCUUCUUCAGGUGUGUAUGUUGAGGGACUUGUGAUCCUAUGCAAUUUGUCAGAGGGAGUUGUCACUUAGUAUUUUCUCUGUGAUGAAGUGUGUUUCAGUUGCCCUGCUGCUGGGCUAAGAGUAAAAAAGGGCUGCAUAGUGUGGCACAAAUGCUGUUUAAGUGGGCCCUCCUCCACGGCCAGCACAGGACCGACGUGGUAGCCCCAUGCACAGCUUUGGUGGGCACUGCUGGGACUCUGCUCCUUUUUUGUCCCGAUAAAACAGUUGGCUGCUUGCACUGCGGCAGCCAGAAUGCUGGCUUUCGCACUUCUCUUCAAUUUGUUUUGUAUCUGGAAACUUAUUGGAGUACAACCUUUGACCUGUUGACCUAAAAGACUUUUAGUGCGAUUGAAGUGGUACUGUUAUCUACUGCUUGCUUAUGCAAAAGAAAACCAAAAAUUCUCCUGGUAAUGCCUUUUUUUUUUUUUCAACUGAUCUCACCAGUCACUAAUUUUUUCAUAGACUGUUCUGUGCAUCAGAAAGUGAAGACAAGACCCAUGAACUCUGCAAAACUGGCAAGGUGAGUGCAUUGAAGAGUUGGGAAGAUGCUCAGUCUUCCACGCAGCUUCAGUUUGCUCAUUUCUCAGAUGCAUUUUUACACAACUAACCUCUGCUUGCACCAAAACUCUCUCUACAAUUUGAAACAAGUUGGUCUGUGUACAUCUAUUCCACAGACUUGGCAGAGAAAUAUUUUGAAUUCCAUUUAGCUUGUGGUCCUGGUCUGUCUUCACCUGAGAUGCUUAGCUCAUCAGAAGGAAGAACUAAGUGUUAUUUUCCCAGCAUGGCCCAUGGCUUUACCAGUUCUUCACAUGUUUGUGCCACAAAACACUUGGCUUAGGACACAGCUAGCGUGGUAGGUAGAUAAUCUUAUAGCAGAAGUUGGAUUAUUUGCAUAUAUGGUCUCAUUUUGUACAAGAGGACCCAAAGCUGUAACUGCUGCUGAACUUACAUGCAGUAGGACAGGAUUGGAACCCUUCUUGUUCAAUUUGCUUCUUUCCUUGGUAAGCAAAAGCCCCUCGUAUAGUGAGAUUUGUCUUGACUUGGAUCCAACACUGUGGGAGCCCCAGUGAGGGCACACUGUGGUUGUGAGGUUUCACUUUUGUUAAUGUCACGCUGAACCAAGACAAGGAUUUUAUGCUUUUUUUUUUUUUCAUUUUUCCAAUUGUCAGUGUUGUGCACAGCUGUGGUAAGAUGCUUAUGUUGCUGGUGGACCAGAAGACUGUACCCAUGGGGUUAUGUGGUCUGUUACUGUGCUCUGGAGUAAAUAUUAGAACACAAUUGUUACUUCUGUAUAAGUAGGCUACAGCAUGUCCUCCAGUAUAGCAGUGGUAAAUUGUGACAGUUUUAAAAUGACGAUCUGCCAACCUGCUGUAUUCCCCCCCGGUACACAACUCUCUACUAAGAACACUUAUUAAUGAAAUGGCCUUAGCAAGAACAUAAUGUUUUGUGUGAAUCUGUACAUUAAUAAAGUGAAAAUCAUGAACAGAAA